AUGCUGAGAGUGGUCUGGCGUUACGCCUGUGUAGCUGGGCAGGUUCCUUACGACAUGCGAGAGCGAAUGAUCCGCAGCUUGUACAAGUAUUCGCCUAUGAACGCAGGCGUAGUUAACCCGUCUUUGGUAUUCAAAGCCUGGGCAGCCAAAUUCGCAAUAGGUGUAUCCCGCGAUCUGACCCCUCACACUACGGGUACGUUGGGUGACGACGAACGCCGGCUUCUCGAGCUUGGUUGCCAACAUGGACUCGAAAAGGGGUCUGCAGAGUCAAAAGCAAGGGUCCAUGAAAUGAAACGUCUAGUCCAGGACGAUCUCGAAGAAGCGGGGAGGUGCAAGCCUGUGCAUCCUCUUACAGAUCUGCUCGAACAGGCUUGGAAGAAAGAUCUAAGUUGGCACGAACGUGGUAUCGGCAGGGCUGCGAGCCAAAUAGUUCCGUCCAGCGCCGAAUAUGGAAUUCUCGAAACUGUCAUGUUGGAUGGUACCAGAGUGCCCAUGAAGUCAGGAGACUUCACCAGAUUCCGAAAGUGGGAGGUUCCAUCACGGUUACGACAGGCAUGA